UACAAAGAUUCUAAUCAAAUUGAAACUUUGAUCUCAUGUGACAUUUUUUGUUCAAAAUAUGGCAGAAACCGAGAAAGAAAUAGACAAUGGGAUAGAUAGGAUAGAAAAACAUGAAGGGGAAGAAGAAAAUAUAACAUCAUGUCAUUCACAAAUUUCAAACACAUCUCUUGUUGAGCUAAAUAUGUUGCUUGUAAUUCUUUCUUCGGCUAACUCUUCAUCUGUUGAUAAUUUACAUGAGGAGAAUGAUCAUAUAAUAAGAGAUCGUGCUGAUGUAAAUAAAACAUAUAUAUCAAGAUUAGAAGCCAAGAAAAAAGAGAAACAUGAACCUAGAUUGAUUGGGAAGAAAGCAUUUUCAUCAAGAUUUCAAACAACCAUAAAAGAUUCUAGGCAUGGAAGAAAAAUGUAAAACUAAAAUUAAUCCACGGGGAAGAACCUAACACGUUAAGAUGGAUGAAAAUUAUACAUAAAUGAUGAAGCAAACAAAUUAAAGUGUAUCUCCAAUAUUUGUUUCAAAGCUAAAUUUGUGAUGACCGAUGUUUUGUUUGUAUAAAGGUAUAUAAAUAUUUUUUUUAAUCUUUAGCAUGAUCAAAAAGUAUUUUAAUCUUUAUAAACUUGUGACCAUCAAAGCAGGUGUAGUGUAUAUUUUUAUUUUUAUUUUUAGAGGUGUCGAAAUUGAUUAUAUCGAGUUAAUUUUAAUAUGUUGAAUGUUAUUUAGUGUAAUUGGUUUUGUCUCAAGAAUUAAUUGUAAUUUUAUAUUAUAA